UCCGGUCAGUCGCAUCGGGCGAUCGCUCAAGCUCUCUAUCUGGCAUUAUCUCCCACCAAAGUGGUUCUAAUUUUGGAAAAAAAUAAAAUAAGUUCGGAAGUUCUAUUAAACACACAUCGAAAUGCGUUCAUGCGGCCCAAGUUUAAUUAAAUAUGUCUUAUUUGCCUUUAAUAUUCUGUUUGCGAUCUCUGGACUGGGAAUUCUUAUAGCCGGUGCCGUGGUGCUGGCCGAUGUAAAUGAGUUCAAUCACUUUGUGGAGGGUAGGGUCCUAGCUCCCCCGAUUGUCCUUAUAGUCACAGGUCUGAUCAUAUUCCUGAUUGCUUCGCUGGGAUGUUUCGGGGCGAUCAAGGAAUCGCCAACGCUUCUGCUAACGUUCGCAGUCCUUCUGGCCGUUAUCUUCAUUGUGGAACUGGCGGUGGGCAUUGCGGCCAGCGUUUUCAAGAAGGAUCUGGAGGGUAUGGUGAAGAACUCGCUGCAGGAGUCCAUCAAGCGUUCUAACAACGAGGAUACCAUGGCCUGGGACAACAUUCAGCAGAAGCUGAUGUGCUGCGGAGUGGACUCACCGGCGGAUUGGAGGACACUCAGCGCGAAUAAAACGCUUCCGGGCAGCUGUUGUCAGCCGCAGUUCAUCGACACCACCGUGGGACAUUGUCUGGAAUCACCGGCUCUGGGCAAGGAUAAGUACUUCCAGGAUGGCUGUGUUGGCAAGCUGAAGGAUCGUAUCGAGAAAAACGCCAUUAUCCUGAUCGGUGUCGGCAUCGGCAUUGCCUUCAUCCAGAUUUUGGGCAUCAUUCUGGCCUGCUAUCUAGCAAACUCCAUUCGACAGGAGAGAGCCAAGUAAUUUCCCAUCGGAGUACCCACAUAAAGUGUAUCUAUAUAGAUUUGAUAACUGUUUCAUUUUAUGUAGUUGAAAUUACUUUACCGUUGAAUCCUGCUCAAUUUACAAAAAAACGCAACAAUCCAUAUCAGAUUAAAUCAUCAUUAACUUUUUCCCUAAUUCCUUUUACUAUUUUGUGUUAUUUCUGAAUCUUCUCUUUGAAAGAUUCCUAUCCUUUCUCAGCUAUAGCUUACCUUAGACCGAAAUGGUUGAUAUUUUAACUUACUCUUUACUUUCUCUUCACAUUUUUCAACUUCUUUGUCUUUUCCAUAAACCUUCCCGCUUCAAUCUCUUUCUAUCCAUUAAAUAUUUGUAAAAACAACGAUUAUGUUAAAACUAAAUUUGAAAAACGAGCUCGUCGUAUUUAUGAGAAAUUGUUGCUUUGUAUUAUCGUAUAAAUAUA